AUGCAUCGUUUUCCGCUGCUUAUAUCAUUCUUGUUCUGCAUCGACCAUAUUGCCUGGUUGGAAGCCGCCGGUGUUCACAAUUGGUCAUCCGUAGUAAACAACGAGCCGUCAAAUAACUGGGUUGUCCUUGCCGCUGGUUCCGACUCCUGGAUAAAUUAUCGAUAUCAAGCGGAUGUAUUCCAUGCGUAUCAAAUCUUGCGUGCAAACAAAAUUCCAAUGAAGAAUAUAAUUACCUUCGCCUCCGACGACGUUGCAAGCAAUCCCAAAAAUCCGUUUCCAGGCCAAGUGUUCCAUGACUACGAGCACGAGGAUAUCUACAAGGGUGUGGUAAUUGACUACCGCGGAAAUGAUGUCACACUGGAUAACUUCUUGAAGGUACUGAAAGGCGAUAAAGAGCUUGAAAAAAAAGGGAAAAAGGUGCUGAAAAGCGGUCCUGAUGAUUACGUUUUCAUCUUCUUCUCUGGCCAUGGCGGGGUUCCCUUUAUUGUAUUACGAGGAGAUGUGCUGUAG